GAUGGCACCAAAAAGCGAGCCGCGGACAAGCUGGUAGUAGUAAAACAACAAUGAAAACAUAAAACGCGCAGCGCCGAACGCCGCGCGGCGAACAAGAACAAGCUAGCUGUCUGUCUCUCUCGGCCGGCGCGGCGCGAGGCAACGUAGCCGAGCGCACCGACGCCAGCCAGGUAAUGGCCUCCUCGUCCUCUUCCUGGUCGUCCUCCACGGCCGGCUCCACCGCCUCGACCUCGACGCCCCGUCCGCCUCCGAGGCUGCCGCAGCCGCCGCACGGCGCCCCCGCGUCGUCCCCGGUCUUCCUGAACGUCUACGACGUGACCCCGGCCAACGGCUACGCCCGGUGGCUGGGGCUGGGCGUGUACCACUCGGGCGUGCAGGUCCACGGCGUGGAGUACGCGUACGGCGCGCACGAGGGCGCCGGGAGCGGCAUCUUCGAGGUGUCCCCGCGCCGGUGCCCCGGGUACGCGUUCCGGGAGUCGGUGCUGGUGGGCAGCACGGAGCUGAGCCGCGCCGGGGUGCGCGCGCUCAUGGCGGAGCUCGCCGCCGAGUUCCCGGGCGACGCGUACAACCUCGUGUCCCGCAACUGCAACCACUUCUGCGACGCCGCGUGCCGCCGCCUGGUGGCCCGCGCCCGCAUCCCGCGCUGGGUCAACCGGCUCGCCAAGAUCGGGGUCGUCUUCACCUGCGUCAUCCCCAGCAGCGGCGGCGGCGGCAAGCAGCAGGUGCGGCGCAAGGGGGAGCCUGGUGCCCGCGUCAGGAGCCGCUCCGCGCGCCACGCCGCGGAUGGCGCCGUGACGGCGCGGCCCAAGACCUUCUUCCGCUCCCUCUCCGUCGGCGGGAGCAAGAACGUGACGCCCAGCCCGCUGCCAGUCGCAGCCCAGCCACAGCCACCGACGCCGCGGCCGCGGCCGCCGGCUCCGACCAUGACGUUGACGCCAACGCCGUUGGUGGCCUCCACGUAACGGCGCCACUCCUCCUUUUUCAUUUUACAGCUCAAACCACACCUUCUUCUUCUUCUUCCUUUUUGUUUACAGUUUUCGAUCAGAUUUUUUGUGCAUAGUAGGUACUCGAGAUUAAGAUUUGUUCUCUGCUGCUAGUUAUUGCACUACAAUUCAAGAUUGCCAGUAAUUGCAGUUCAGUAUGCACUUAAUUUCCGUA